AUGUCUAUGUAUAAACUGUAUUACUUCUACGGCCGAGGCCGCGGUGAGAUGGUGCGCUUUGCCUUGGGGUUAGCCGGCGUGGACUACGAGGAGCAGUUCAUACGUACUCGACAGGACAUGCUCAACCUCAUGCCCAAACUCAGGUAUGGUCAGGUUCCGAUGUUGGAGACCCCCGAUGGGAAACGUCUGGUGCAGACCGGUGCCAUUCUCCGUUACAUCGCUCGUAAAUUCGAUCUGUAUGGUGGAGCGGAGGGGAAGGAGGAAAGAGUCGAUGAGAUCAUUGAGGCCUCGGCUGAUGCCCUUGGCUCGGGGCUGCUUGACGUUGCGAUAAGGUUCAAGUUCGGGCAGAGUUUUGAGGAGGCCGCGUCGACGAAGGGCGUGAAAUGUCUGAGGUGGAUAAAGGCUUGGGAGACUCAGUUGGAGGACGGCAAGUUCAUGGCGGUUGUUGUUGUUGUGGUUGUGGUUGUUGUUGUUGCUGUUGUUGUUUUUGUUUUUGUUGUUGUUGUUGUUGUUGUUGUUGUUGUUGUUGUUGUUGUUGUUGUUGUUGUUGUUGUCGUUGUUGUCGUUGUUGUUGUUGUUGUUGUUGUUGUUGUUGGUGUUGUUGGUGUUGUUGGUGUUGUUGGUGUUGUUGGUGUUGUUGGUGUUGUUGUCGUUGUUGUUGGUGUUGUUGUCGUUGUUGUUGGUGUUGUUGGUGUUGUUGGUGUUGUUGGUGUUGUUGGUGUUGUUGGUGUUGUUGUUGUUGGUGUUGUUGGUGUUGUUGUUGUUGUUGUCGUUGUUGUUGUCGUUGUUGAUUUUAUAGCCCUACAUUCAGGUACCAACACGCCCACUAUCGCCGACUCGUGUGCGUUGCGCGUGGUUGAGGAGGCUAUUGAGGUCCUGGGAGAGGAGAAGGUGUUGGGCGCAGCGCCAAAGGUAGCCGCCUGGAGGAAGGCUUUGCUAGCUGUACCGAGGGUCGCCAAAUUUAUGAAGGAGAGCCCAUCGGCUACGACAUGGUUUCCCUCUGCGGUAGAGGAGGGGAAUACUACGACUGCGGUAGUGACUCCUAAGUGGAGAACUAUAGUAGUGCCUGUGGUCGUUAAUGUAACAGUACCAGCAGCAAUUGAGACAACAGUGAGGGUAACAACUACUACUCCUACUAUGGUGGUGCCUGGCAAUGCGACUACUGUAGAGGUCCCAGUGGUAGUCCCUACGGCGUCGGCGAUCCCUGAGGGCAAGAGGGAUGUGUACCUCGCUAAUGGUUUCUUCUUCCUCGCUGUUCUCUUGGGCCUAUCACUACUAGGAGGGCAGUUUUUGAAAUGGGCCAGAGUCCGUUGGCUCGGCGAGUCGGGUCUUGCUACUGCCCUGGGGUUGCUGUGUGGACUGCUGCUAUAUAGUGUUCGAGCGGAGACUAUGUUGGAGAAAGUACUCGAGCUCAACGAAGAGGUUUUCUUCUUUGUUCUGCUGCCGCCUAUUAUCUUUCAAGGAGGAUUUUGUAUUGACACCAAGACGCUGUUCAAGAAUUUCGGCACCAUAGUGUGGCUGGCCGUAUGGGCUACACUCUGCAGUUUUAUGUUCAUCGCAGGGGCGGUAUUUCUGGCUGGGCAACUUGAGCUCUGCUCGCCUUGGACGAUACACGAGGCCAUGGGUUUCGCCACAGUGAUCUCCGCGACGGACCCCGUGGCGGUCCUAUCGAUUUUGAAGUCCCUUUCGACGGCUGGUCCGCUGCUGUCGGGGUUGAUCGCAGGAGAGAGUCUGCUGAACGACGCGAUUUGUCUGGUACUCUAUCGCUCGCUGAUACACUGGGAAGAUCGGUCUCUGGUCCACGCCUUGCAGACGUUCGUAUACGUCUUCUUCUGCUCGUGCUUGCUGGGGACGGCAUUUGCAUUUGCCUCGUCGUUGGUGUAUAAGUAUUUCCCGAGAGAAAAUGGAGGCUAUGAAUUGACUACUAGAGUGGUAUCUUCUGGAGAGGUCGACCGUGGAAGAUACGAAAGAGGUCCGGAAGUGGACGCGGCUGGUUAUGGCUAUAGUGUGGUAUUGGAAGUUAGUGUACUUGUACUGUUUGUGUGGAUGAGCUACCUCCUAGCUGAAGGGCUCCAACUUUCUGGGAUAUGUGCCAUCCUCUUCUGCGGUAUAUUCAUGAGAAAAUAUACGUGGUAG